AUGGAGGACCGGGGAUCUUUAGAAGGAGAAGGAGAGUUCUACUCUGAUGCUGAGCAGAGCUCGGACACGGACGAAGACGAUUCAUCGCUCUUGGACACUGUUUCAGUGGAGGAACCAGAUAGCACCACUGCUGUUAAAGUACUGAAUCUCGUUGCCCAGAAACAGGGAGUUACAUUAGCAUCAACAUUAUCUGAGGACGGUCCACCCAGGCUCUUGGAGAUCAGUGCUGCUCAGGCUCCAGCUGUUUCUCAGGUCAGCCGUGCGAUCCAAUCUAGCGCCAUCAAGCAGCGGCUGGCACUACGGCUCUCAGAGAAAAGGAGCAGUGACACUGACACAUCUCUCUCCCUGCCUAGCCAGGGAAGCAAAGGCAGCACAGACUCAGGCUACUUCUCACGCUCUGAGAGUGCUGAACACCAAACAGGUGGUCCUCCCAACACAAACGCCAAGUCCUAUCAAGAGAUAAUGUUUGGAAAGUGUUACAAGCCGAACCCAAAACAACAGGCCAUAACUGUUGUGACUUGCAGGACAGACUUAAUGAGUGAUCGUAAGACUUCGGAGCGAGGUGUUUCCCGCGUAUUCACACAAGAAAAGGAAUCAAUGGUUGAAUCGAUCAGAAUAAACACACAUUCAUUUACAAGGGAGGACAUUAAGGAGGCUCAACUAGAGCUCUCUGAUUCUGGACAGCUGGUCCGGAGCAACUCGAUGCCCACGUCCUCGGUGGCAUGUCAGGACAUGUCACAAGGCCUGCGAGGCAGCCACUCCUUUGAUGAAAGGGCGUCCCCUGGAGGCAUUAGGAGACUUACGAGACAGGCUGCCUUUGAACACUCUGCACACGAUGGACCUCCUGACCACUACGGAAACAUCUCUGAUAUUUCCAACCUUGGAGUGGAGAUGGAAAGUUUCACCAUCCAACAAAAGCAAGCGAUGGAAUAUGCGACGAGGAAACGGCGGAAGGAAAACUGUGUUGCGGAGGAGGAGGAUGUAGGAGGCCAGUAUCACACAGACUAUGACCACUCUGAAGAGAUGAGGGACUAUGAUUCAAAGCAAACCUCUCAAGGUGCUCUAACCACUACAUCCUCAGUGAAAGGACAUGCCCAAAGCGUGCACACACAGGAUAGAACACAAUGUGAUAGACUGGAAAGGGAAAUGUGGGAAAAGAGAGAGAGAGAAGAGAGAAGAUCUUUAGGUAACGUCAUCUCUGUGAUUCAACACACUAACUCCCUUACCAGGUCUCUCUCUGAACAGUCAGAUUCUUACAACUACCAGAGACAGGAUAAGCCUUCCUCAAUGGAUGUGGUGGAGCAAACCGAAACUAGAGAGAUGCACAAAAGGACUGAGAUCUUUGCACACCAGUUGAGUGACAGUAGAUUAUUAGAUAAGUCGUAUCAAAUGACACCUAAGCUAGUCCGUCAGUCUAACAUACCGGUUCCAGAGAUCAGGGUGACUGUAGAACCAGACAGUCCAGAGAAAGAGAAAGCAUCUGAGGUAAAACAGGUGAAGGUGAAGGAGCCCGAUAGACAUAUAGAGGAGUUCCAAUGGCCUCAGAGGAGUGAAACACUGUCUCAGUUCCCCCCAGAGAAACUCCCUCCAAAGAAGAAGAGACUGCGCUUAGCUGACUUGGAGCACUCCUCUGGCGAGUCUAGCUUCGAGUCGGCUUGUACGAGCCUCUCCCGGAGCCCCAGUCAAGACAGCAAUUUAUCCUACUGCUCCAGCUUCUCAUUUGACCGAGAGGAGAAAGAGAGAGAGGUUAUCCCUAAGCCAGCUUCCCCGGCGGCUAGACAGGAUGAGUUUGGCAAAGCGUUGGAGUUCUUAGCGGUGCCAGGAAGCGGCUACUCCCUCUCUAUCCUGAACCAACGUCAACAACAUGAAAUGAGACGUACCUCUUCAGAACAGGCACCGUGCCACUCCCAGUGCAGAGAGCUCCCAGAGGUCCGCAGUGUAUCGUUUGACUACGGCAGUCUCUCUCCAACGGCCAAAGUUAGACAUGCGGAACUCAGCGCCAGCUACUCGGAGCCCAGACGGGGUAACUUGGUAAGACAGGAGUCCUUGAAUGUUAACCUUGAAUUUGCACAUCCAGUCCUUCCGCUAAAUAUUCUUCCUCAGUACCUCAGCAGUGCCCUGUCGUUCUCAGCCACCGCUCUGCACUCUCAGUCUCUGCCAAUGUUCGCCCCUCAGCCGUCACACUCUGGUCUCCUAGUUCCUGUUAGAAUCCAGACUCACGUGCCAUCCUAUGGUAGCAUCACAUACACCACUGUGUCCCAAAUUGUAGAUGAUCCAUUCGAAGGCGUUAACUCCACCAGAACCUCUUUUCUCACUUCUCACUUCGCAAAUUUAGCCACGAAUUUGGACACAUCGAAUCUAUUAUUAGGACACCCUCGAGGACUGUUGACCAGCCCAGUCCAGGUUCAAGUUCUGGAUCUGCCCCCAGCUAAGCUGAAGACAGGCAUUCCUCUCUCCCUGACCUCCAGAACAAUCUCCACCACCAAUUGUGGGUCCAGUGGUGGGUCCAACAAGCGCAUGUUGUCUCCGGCCAGCAGCUUGGACCUGUUCAUGGAGGUCAAACAGCAGAAACGCGUCAAAGAGGAGAAAAUGUACGGUGAGAUAGUGGAGGAGUUGGGUGCUGUGGAGUUAGGGAAUUAUAAUGUGACUGAAGAGAACAAGCACAGUUUAAAGUCAGAGUUUCAAAGUGACACCAACCAGGGAGCAUCACUGUCAGGCUUUCCUUCAAAAUCCUCUUUGUCUGCGUCAUCCUCGCUUCAUUCUCAUAACGAGCCAGCAAGAGGAAGCGUCAUCUCACCUCAGCAACAAGGGUCAGAAAGUCCUGAUUCCCCUAUGGAUAACUCCCCAACAGAAGCAAGCCUACAUCCACACGCUCUGCUUUCUCUGAAGGAUUUCAAUGAGUCUGGCAUGGACAGCAAGGCACAGAUGGAGGUGCUGGUGCAGCUAGUCAAAGGUCAGGGCAUCCUCAUCUCUGACGGGGAAAACACCAAACGGAUAUCUCAAUUUCCAAGUCUCCGCACAAUGACAGCUGUGAGUUGGUGCUAUCUGAACUACACCAAGCCAAACAGCACUCACAGCAGCUCUCCCCUGUCCUCUGUGUACGCUACGUGGUGCAUCAGUUCCCAUAACCCCAACCCUCCUAACCUCAACACCAGAGCCACCUUGGCUCUGCUCCGCUCCAAACAGACGACUAACACAUGGGUAUACACCAUGGCUGCCAUGUACCAACCUGGGACUGGGAAGCUGGUCUCCUCCUCACUCUUAUGGAGGCAGCGGCUCGGGCUGCUACAGAGCAAACCGGAGUUCAACGAGCUGGAAGGGAGCUCUUAUGGACGGAAAGUGAAGGAUGCCAGCUGCAGGGGAAAAGCAAGGAAGGAGGACUGGAAAGAGAGGGAGGUCUCCUCGAAACAAACACCAACGCCAACACCAACACCAACACCAGCACCAACCCGGAUCAAAAUAUUUGAAGGAGGGUUCAAGUCCAAUGAGGACUAUGUGUACGUGAGAGGCCGAGGCCGGGGGAAGUAUAUCUGUGAGGAGUGUGGCAUCCGCUGUAAGAAACCUAGCAUGCUGAAGAAACACAUACGCACCCACACUGACGUCAGACCCUACGUCUGCAGGGUCUGCAACUUCGCUUUCAAAACUAAAGGAAACCUGACCAAGCAUAUGAAGUCAAAGGCUCACAUGAAGAAGUGUCGUGAACUUGGUGUGUCAGUCACAGUGGAUGAUACAGAGACACUGGAAUCUGAUGACAUCCAGCAAGACUUGAAGACCGGGGUCUUGAGCACAGCCAAACACCAGUUCUCAGAUGCAGACGACUCCGAUGGCAUGGAUGAAGAGAUCGAUGAUAUCGACGAAGAUGACGAUGACGAUGAUGACUACGACGGUGACUCUACUCCCAAGAUCCUUUCCCGGAGCACCAGCCCUCAGCCCUGUGGCGUAGCCUCUCUGUCGGUCACAGCUACCGCCGUCAUCCAGGGUGUGUCGUCAGACAUCCAUGGCUGUCCCCUCAGUACCUUCCAUCCCCUCCCCAGCUGCCUCUCAACCUACACCCUGCCUAGCGUCGAUAUCCACCCCCAUCCCACCUCCACCCUGCCAGGCAUAGAUGUCCACCCCCAUCCCCAUCCCCCCUCCACGGUCAGGAGGACAGGGCCAGACCGGAGAACUGUCUUGGCCUCCAGCCUGGACAAGGAAAACUGUAGCCUGGCCAUGCUGUCUCCUGACCAGGGCUGUCUGUUCUUCGACCCAUAUCCCACCUGUCUGCUGUCCCCCGGCUGGGAGUCCCCUCUGAGGGAACCGCCUAACUCCCGCCUCGGCUACCUCUCCCCCCGGGGAGACCUCUCCCCCCGGGGACGCUCCUCACCUCGAUGGGACACCUCCCCGCUAAGGCCCAGCUCCCCCAACCUCACCCCCAUCCAGCACCUCUUCCCGGUCUGUAUGGAGAGGCCCCUGUCCCCAGGUGGAGUGGACCUGGCUGGGAGGAGACAGAGGGUGGUGCUCAGGGCUGUGUCUCCACGUAGAGGGGGCUCACAACAUAGAGACUCCGGGGAUAAAACCAGGCAGCAAGCCAAGGCUGAACUGGUUCAGCAGGGAGGAGCCAUUGAAAUGGAUAUGGAUCAGAGGAGAAGCGUGCCUCCCUGCCUGCCUGGGCCAACCUGCUCCAGUUGUCCCCGUCAGAACCUCUUCAGCCACCUCCCCCUACACUCUCAGCAGCAAGCUGGGACUCUCCUACCCAUGGUGCCUAUCGGAGGGAUCCAGGUACUGCGCUCCCUGCCCUCCUGCAGCUCUGGCCGGACCCAUCUGAACCCUAAGCAGGAAGAGGUUCUUCAGACCUGCACCAAGGCCAUCGCCUCCCUCAGGAUCACCUCUGAAGAGCAUCUAUAG